GUUUAUAUUCAAGUUCAGGAUUAGAUAAUCUAAAUAUAAAAUGUGUUACAUAAAUUAAAACAAACAGUCUCCUUCAUCAAUCUCAUCCAUUGAGAUCUAAAUGCAGGCAGAAGAACAACAAUGGAUAGAUACGUUCAACAUUUCCUCAAUAGGCUCUCUUUAGCCUUCAUCAUCGCAGCUACAUUUAUCCUUUUCGUGCUUUUCAUCCGAACACCUGAAACCUGCGUUAAUCCCAAUAUCACCAAACCUAAGCCCCAUAAUCGUUUCCCCAAAUCCACUUGCGAUUUCGCUCACCGGACUUACACCUCCAUAAAGAAACACAAUCGUCGUGUAUGGUCCACAAGAGCCUGGAUCCAAACAGUUCUUUCUUUCAAAUCCCAAUUCCAGUCUCUUCAGGAUAAGAAACUCUUUUCUAAGCAUUCACGGGCCCUUGUGGUAUCUGCUGGGGCGGGUCAGGCUGUAAUGGCCCUAAAAGAAAUGGGCCUUCGCGACAUUACUGGUGUGGAGGUAGUGGAUUCGCCGCCGCUUGUUAGACGUGCGGAUCCGCAUAGUCUGCCUUUUUUUGAUAAUCUGUUUGAUCUCGGGUUUAGUGCUUAUCUGGAUCGGGCAUUGUUUCCGGAUAGAUACGUGGCGGAAAUGGAGAGAACGGUGAGAGUUGGCGGCGCGUGUGUAGUGGCUGUGGAAGAGUGCGGCGGCGGAGAGGUGGAGGAAGUGGUGAAAUUGUUUCGGAAGUCUAAGGUGUUAGGGGUUAGAAAUGUGACUAUGGGUGUCGAACAAAGGACUAGAAUCGUAUUGAGAGUUAUGAAUGACUGAAAAUUUCAGUUGAUUUGCUGUUCAGCUACUAUUUGCGACUGUUUUUAUUUUGAUGUAGUAGAAAUUUUGUAAAGUAGGCAUAAUUUUCAGAAAGUUAAACAUGCAAACAACUUUUUUCUCAUCUCUCACUUC